AUGUCUCGCAAUGCCUCCGCCGGCCCACGAAGAGGACUCCAAUGGUCGCGCCUGCGCCAUGGCGAGUCCAGUGCCUCGAGUCCCGAUCGAUCCUCGGUAGACUCUCCCUCUUCGAUACGCAGCGUUUCGACGCACUCAACUAUCAAAGAAGCGCGUCCGCCGCCAAGGGAGCGAUACUGUACGAUAAACGUCAAUGAUGCCUAUUCCAAGGAUGAGGUCGUCCUCAACUUCGACCGGCUGAGCACCUUUGUCCGGCCCGGAUCACUUAUGGCGAUCACGGCAAUCAGAGACGAGUCAUCAAAAGCAAAGACGCUAUACGGGAGUCUGGGCAAAGCGCCAAGCAGUCGCGGCAACAGCAAGUUCUCUUUGCUAGAUCAGGACUACAUCAGCAGUCGUUACGUCUUCAUCGCGAAGGAUAUGUCCAAGGAUAUGAAGAGCAAGCAGCCAGAGGUGGAUAUAUGUGUGGCAAGGCACAUUGCCGACGCAUUCGGGAUGAAAAAGGGCGUCCAGGUCAUCCUUUCGCCAAUCGACGACGAUAACCCGGCAAUAGAAGCAACCCACGUCGAACUUCUCUUCAGAGACCAGUAUCUCUCACGAGCAGACUUGUGGAGGCUAACAGUCGGCGAGCUCACACAACGUACGAUCUACAAGGGGCAGUCCGUUCUAUUCAUGGGCACUAUCAAGGCUCAGGUCACGGCGGUAUUUGUCAGAGGUCGACGCGUGCACUCCGGUUUCUUUACGAGAGAUACACGGCCCAUUUUCCGGAGCGAAUCAGCGAGAUAUGUCCUCUUCAUCCAAAUGUCCAGGGAGAUGUGGGACUUCGAUUCAGAAAACUCUGGCGAGAUCAUGUUCAACAAGGUUGUGAAUGGAUUCCUGCCGGCACUGUUCAAAAGAUGGGCAUCGCUCAAGGUGAAGCACCUCGUCAGCAUCGUCAUGUUCGCGCGUGUGGAGUACGACACUGGCCUUACUACGGACUUCGCAGGGGAAGGAUUGAAUGACGACUACUACACUGGCAUUCAACCUUCAGGGAGUAAACGACCUUACAAGGACUUUUAUCGCGUAGUUGUGAGUGACAUGGCCAGUGGAGAGUGGACGACGAUUCUGCAUCAACUCAAGAAGGAAUUCAACUCAUUUCGGAGAGACUUCAGUCUACACCAUCAAAGGUCGCAAUCCAACACGAACCACAAUGAUGACGACGGAGAGAUACCGGACGACCUCCCCUCGAAUUUCGUCAAGGCAGAACCAACCCUCUCCAUGUAUGGCAAUGUUCUAGAGGCCAUCCAUCUCGCCUCCUCUCAAUUUGCCCAUGACUACAUCGACAGGGACUUAACAAGGACGGGCAUCUCCAUCAUUGUGAUCAGCCCCGGACCAGGUGUCUACGAAGUCGAUUAUGAAACCCUCAGAAGGACAACCGAGGCACUAGUAGGCAAUGGUAUUGGCAUUGACCUGAUAUGUUUGCCGAGGAUGCCACUUCACUCAGUACCGUUGUUCAAAUAUCGCAAUCCACAUCUGGACGACAAGACUGCCGAUCGCCAUAACUCUCUAUCUCGAUCGUACCACAGUCGUGAUAGCACGCCGGCGUUCCAGACCCCUACAGUUGGGAGUUACCAGUCUGGGUCAUUUUCACCAUCAAAGUCAUCGAGCCCAGCGCGCCAGCACUAUGCGCCAUCGGCAAUGAAGAAGGAUGAGUGGUGUUAUGCGUUACCCCAGUGGCUGCACGUGUCCUUCUGGACAGGAGCUUCCGAUGAGGCGCUCUCGUACGAAGGGAUCGCGCUCUCGGUCUCCAACAAAGUUGAAAAGGACAAGGAAGACGAGUACACAAUGAGAUGUCGCAUGUACGAUUUGCAAAUGAGAAGCGUUCUCGAGACUAAUGAGAUCGAGACGCAAUCUCUUCAGUCAGACCCUGCGUUUCCGUCGGCAGCGUUGGAGCCAACCUCGCCUAAGAUGCGGCGAAACAGCAGCAUUGACGACGUUAUAUACGUGCCGAAUAAGCGCAUACCGGACGGAUUGUUCGACCAUGUCUACGGAUUCCAAAAAUUUCACCCAGAGAAGCACGAUCGGCCAGGUGAAAGAUCUUUGUGGAAGCAGCUGAAGGAGUACGAUGACACUAGGGCCAAGCUUCCGCGUCAAACGGCUACUAGCUCGGCGACGGGCACAAGCUCUGCGAAGCUGCCCAAAUUCAUGAGACAGUUCAGCCUCAGUCAGCGUGGUUUUGGGUUGGCUGCCCCAAAGGCUAUUGAGACAAAGGUGUCGACCGAGACGGUGGCACCGGGACAGUUGACAACAGAGACCAAGCCUAACAGCCUUGCUCUGGAAAACCUGCGGCCGUCGUCACCGAAGACAAUCGCGACGGAGGAUGCACACAAGGUGUAUACCCACAAGCUACGAGCUGGUGCUGUCCCCGAACAAACAUUUGAGUUGUCUCCAACGACAGCUGUCACGCCGUGGUUGACGCUGUUGAACCCGUCAAACCCGGACAGACACCGGAUCGAUGACGCAGUACUCUACAGUCGAUGGCAGCAUGUAUUCCCAGAAACAUCUGAGAUGAAGGUCCAGAAGUGGAAAGCGUUGUGCUGUCCAGCGGCUGUACCGUUGACGACAGAGUAUUUCCCUUCCAAGGCGCAAUUUGACUCAGAAUACCAGCGUCACCCAUAUAAUGUCGAUCAGAAUCCGGACGACGAGAUGGCAGAGGAACCGAAAACGCGACAAGAUUUUAUGAAAGAGCUGAUCGGAUUGCGUUUCUCGCAAGGCUUUCAGGUAGUCAUCGGCCCAGCUGUGGCGCGUGCUUUGGGACAGAAGGUCAUCAAACUUGCCGACAUUUUCUCACGGGACCAACCGUUGGAGGAUGGGACGAGCGUCUACAUGUCUGUUGGCAACACAAUCCACGAACUCUCCUGCGUGAAUGGGACGGAAGUGGAGAUCAACAUCUACGUGCGAAAACCGCCAAAAGCUUCCGCCGCUUCGCAGGGCUUCUCCCAGAUUUACAAGCCUGCGAUCCGUACCCUGCUCGAUGACUCGUACCGGACGCAGCAGAUCGAUAUUCUCAGGCCAAACCCAGAACGCAACUGGAACACCAUCGAUUCAUAUCUUGCAGGUCACCAUGAUGAAAUGAUGGAGAGCUUGAGGUUUUGGAGGGCACGCUUCGUCCUCAUUCCACUCCUGAAUAAGCAGGUCUCCAAUACAAACCCCAAGUUUGGCGACAACCCUGAGGAAGUGCGCAUCGAAGGAAUCAAUCGCCUCGCACAGUUGUGGCAGAAGCAUCGCUACAUCCCACCGUCAGAACGUCGUUUUCUGUCUAUUGGUAGCGGCAACAAGCGGCGCACGGAGUCGAGUCCGCUCAGCAUCGUGUACAAGACAGACGACCCGUCCGUAGUCGUGAAUGCUGAACUUGAGACCCUGCGAUUCACAGAGGGCUUGGAGGCGGGCUCCCGGAGAAAACAGCUUAUCUCAAGCAAGGAAAAGUUUCAGAAAUCCAAGCUCAACCUUGCUGCACUGGCCGAGGCGAUGCAGCAACCCGUCGAAAACGGGGGCGUCCCGCUGAAGAAUCGAAGGUGGCAUCUGCGCUUGCACCAUAGUUCCUUUAUCGGAUCUGACAUGACCACGUGGCUCUUGGACAACUUUGAGGACCUCGACAGCCGCGAAGAUGCAGAGGCAUUGGGAAAUGCGCUCAUGGUACCUGACGAAAGCAAGGCCAAGGACAAGGAAGGUGGCGAUCACAAGGCUGACAACAAGAUCAAGGGCCUCUUCGUGCACGUCGAGAAGCGGCAUCAGUUCCGUGACGGGAACUACUUCUACCAAUUCGCCAGCGAGGUAUCCAAGCCACAACCUGGCUGGUUCAACAAACGCCGCGACAAUUCUCUCCCGGCCACACCAAUGGUGGACGGUCAAGGUCGCGAUUCUCCUCGCUCAGGCACCAAGCCAACGCUAAGCGAGGGCUCCCCUACGUCCUCGUCUACGACGCCCACUAUGCUCGGCGGGCAAUACCGCACCAAGCGAGCGCGUGUUGACCUAAGCAAGAUGAUAAGGUAUGAUGUGGAUCAUCGAAAGAGGUCGUACCGGCCUGAGCAGAUCAACCUACACUAUGACCGUGUCCAUAACCCCGACAACUGCUACCACAUCCGAAUUGACUGGAUGAACGCUACAUCGAAGCUGGUCGAGGAUGCAGUCGAAUCAUGGGCCAGAGAAGCAAGCCAGUAUGGACUUCGACUAGUCGAAGUGCCUAUCAGAGAAGCGUCUACAAUUACAGACACCAACCCCUUUCGAAAGCCAUACCUGAUCAAGCUUGCAACGCCACCCCCUGAUGUCCACACGGAAAGAUCCAGUGUUUCCUCGGAGUCGCCAGUUCAGCCGCCGUCGUUUGUCAAAAAUCACUAUCAAACAGCGCUGCUCAAGAAAUUCGACUUCGUACUGGACUUUGAAGCGGCGUCGGCAUUUCCCUCCAAUGUCGACGUGCGCUACUCCUGGGGCAAGCCGGACUACAGGUAUCCCCAGUACAUCCAUCGCUCCGGCGGCCUCCUUGCGCAGAUUAAUGACGAUGGCGACAUCCUCCUGCUAGCCAACCGUCUGUACAACAACCGCGCCUUCAAUCUUCGCGAGCAAAUGCGCAACAACAACACGGAUCGAUCGGAGCACCAACAGGCACAUAUUGGCACCAGUGGGCGUGCCAUAUCCACGGGCGGACCCAGCAGUGCCUAUAACAUCCCCGAACCGACACCAAUACCCUCACCCAUGGUCAAGCCGGCAUUUUACCACCAGUCGCCCGCGCUCAAGCCCGUACCCGGUAACAGUAUGCCCGCCCCCAUCAUCUCGGAGCCGGAGACGAUCAAGGAGGAAUUUGAGGCCUUCUGCUAUAAUGCCCCGGCGCUGGAGGAGUUAUGGAGAGAGGUUACUGAAAGGGGACACGUCGUACCGAGCACGCCAUCUACAAUUGGACCGCUGUCCAACCUGGAGGCUGUGCCGGAAGCGAGCAUCCCCACGCUAGGAUUGCCGCCUGGCGUGCUGGGCGGUGACGGAGGUAACUAUCCUGGUGGAGGUGGUGCGAGUAUGAGAAUGGGCAGUCCAAUGUCACUCCUUAGAAGGGGCAGUGUUCAGCUCGAAGGACUAGGCUUGAGCACUAGCUCCAAGUCGAAGAAGGGUGAGUAG